AUGCGCACAACUCCUCCGUUGGUCACUGUCGUUAAAAUGUUCGUAUAUUUUAUCAUUUUAGGCCACAACAAAGUGUAUUUUUUUACCUGAAUGGGAUAAAUUAUGUUUGGAGAAGAUUAGUUAAAGUUUCGGUGGAUCAAAGAGGUGAAAUUAAUUCGUUAAUCUUCGUUCAUCUCCGGAGGAAACGAAAUAAUGUCGACAAAUAAAACAAAGAAGGUCAAAAUGGCCACAAAAUCGUGUCCAGAGUGCGACCAACAGAUUCCAGUUGCCUGCAAGUCGUGUCCCUGUGGUUUUGUCUUCAUUAGCAGAAAACUUUUAAAUGCUAAACUAAAUGAGUGUCCCUCUCCAGCCAUCGCAGACAAGCUAGACUUUAAGCGAAGGAGAACAGAGCGGAUUCGCAGAGAGAGGACUGGUUCUUCUCUAACCAGUGACAUGGAAAACCGAAGGAGACCCCGGGUCAGUCAGUCUGAUGCUAUCCGAAGAAGCCGGGGCAGACCUAAAACUGUGGGUCCAAAAAAACAAGAAGAAGAAAAAGAUAAACAAGAAAGGGAAGUGGAUAUUUAUGCCAGCCUGUCAGAUGAGAAGGCCUUCGUGUUUUCUGUAGCUUUGGCUGAGAUCAACCGCAAGAUCCUGGGUCAGAGACUGAUCCUGUGAAGUCCUCAGAUCCUGGAUCUUAUGUAGUUAUCUUCAGACCAAAGGAUUUGAAGGGACKCUCCCAGAGGACGUUAAAAUAGCCAAAGAGUCCUGAAGGGGGCGGGGCUGACCUUUGACCUGACUGUGCUUCACAUGGACACUGGAUGAGAUUUAAAACAAACAUUCUAAUAAAGAUUUAUAAAGGACUUGGUUCUGGACAGAGAACCUGGAUGGUUUGACUCAGGUCUGGUCCUGUCUGAAUCAUCAGUGGUUUCUUUCUGGGGUUAUUUUUGUAGCACAAUCAGCUCUGAUGGAAMCUUUUAUCAUUUCACAUGAUUUUAAACGUUUCUCACAGCUUGUAGUUUCAUGUUAGGUUUGGUGGAUCAUCAGUGGACCAAACUGAGCUCCCCAUGGACCUGCUGUGGCCCCUGGGCCAGCUGUUGAAUAGUCCUGGUAUAAUGUAAGUACAUGUAUUAUAUGGAUAUUGCAUAUAUAAUGUAUGUACUGCUCACAUUAACUGUUCAAAUAAAACAUUUUUGACAAAAAAUAAAUUAUUAAAGGGCCAA